AUGUUAUCUAGGUGCGUUCAAGGAGAAGGGAUAAAAGAAGUUUUGUUUAAAAAAGAAGAUAAAUCCAUUAAAAAGCUGUACGCCAUACUAUACAAAGCGCUAGAGGACCUGGAUGUGCUAAACAGAAUAUACAAUAUUUAUUUGUUAAAAAUAUGCAAGAACAAAUUUUUGGGAAUUAUUCUUCUAAGUGUAUUAGUUCAGAGGAAUCAAAUCGACGGAGGGGGGAAGUUAAGACGAGAAAUUAUGAAAAAAGAAAAGGCUAUUCUACAGUUUUACCACCAUUUAAAAGGAUUGGUAAGUAGCAUAAGCGGUAGCGGUAGUAACGUGUUAAAGGAAACAAAAGAAUUAACGAAAUAUUUCGUCAUAUAUAAUGAUAGCAAAAAAAGUGCAGAGGAAUUAAAAAAAUGGUUAGUAAUAGAAGAAGAUGAGGAUGUAAAAGGUCUGUACAAAAUUAGGAAUGAUAAAGUAAAAAGGUUAAUAGCUAGUCGUAUAUAUAUGAAAAAUAAAAUAAGAAUAAUUGAUAAAACGUCAUGUUUAGUUGUUCAGGCAGGGAAUAUAAAAAGAGGAAUGGUUAUUGUAGAUAUAUGUUCUUCUCCAGGUAGUAAGGCUAUCUGUAGUCUUAUCUCGUUAAAAAAAAAAGGAUUUUUAAUAUGCAUUGAAAAAAAUAAAAAAAGAUGUUAUACUUUAUUGGUAGAAAUUUUAAAGAAUGAUGAUUAUAUUGGGCCCUAUACUGAUGAGCAUUUUGGUGAAGACACAAAAUUUCAUCUUAACCAAAAAAAUUUUUUUAUUAAUUUUAAAGACAUAUAUAUAUAUUACAUAAAACAUAAAAAUAAUGAAUUAAUUAUUAAAAUAUUUAACUGUAAUUUUCUCGACUUAUCUUAUCAUCAUUUUGAGGAAUUUGGCCAAAUAGACGUUGUAUUUGUUGAUCCUUCUUGCUCCUCAAGUGGAAUGCCGGAUUUUGCGUAUAAGGAGAACAUGCGACGUGUGUUCCCCUGCGCUAGGGGUGAAGAGAAGUAUAGAGGUGGUGAAAGCUGCAAUGAUAGCUGCAAUGAUAGCUGCAGUGAAAGCUGCAGUGAUAGCCGCAAUGAUAGCCGCAAUGAUAGCCGCAAUGAUAGCCGCAACGAUAGCCGCAGUGAUAGCCGCAAUGAUAGCCGCAACGAUAGCCGCAAUGACGAUGAUGUUGGGACAGGAGGCCCAGUGGAGGCAGAAGUAUCGGGAGCAUUAAUCAAACCAAAUAGUAAUGAUGCCGCCGAAUGGGCAAAUGUAAGCAAUAAAAAAGGUACAUGUAAACGUGAAAUAAUAGAUUAUAAUAUUUAUGAUGAUGUGUCAAAGGGACAAAUUCCAAGGGUACCCCACACUUUUGUAGAUAAGGUAAAAAAAUUGUGUGAGUUUCAAAAAAAUAUAUUAAACCACGCUUUGGUAAAUUUAAAAACAGCUAAAACGUUUAUUUAUUCAACUUGCUCUUUUUUUGAAGAAGAAAAUGAACAAGUUAUACAAAAUGCGUUAAGAAGUAAUGCAAAUUUUUCUUUAGAAAAAGCAGGAACAGAUAAAUUCCUUUUCAAUAAUGGACAGUAUGAAUUUUCAAAUAAAUGCGUGAGAACCUUCCCUGGGAGAGACUCCUGUAGGGGCAUAUUUAUUGCGAAGAUAUGUCGCACGGGAUAG